GAGGGAGGAGGAGGAGGAGGAGUGAUGCUGUGACACCUGUCCGAGCGACACCUGGCAGGCGGGGACGGACGUUGCGCGCAUGCUCCGUGGUCAGGUUUCAAUCUGUAAAAGCACUUGGGAGCCACAUCUCCAGCACCAGUGGAGAUCACAUCUCGGACAGAGCUGCACUUUUGCGCAGGAGGACUCCUUCUCCGCAGCUGGAUUAUUAUUGUCAUCCCUGAUUUGUCCGCUCUCACUGCAGAGAUGCCCCGAUCCUUCUUGGUGAAGAGUAAGAAGGCGCACAGUUACCACCAGCCCCGGAGCUUUGAGGAUGAUUACAGCAGACUGGACACGAUCCUGGCGCACAUAUGCUCAGAACCAGAUAAGCUCCCAGAGGAAGACGCCGACCUCUCGGUGGACACGUUCGGCCUCUCUCCGGACUCCCACCUGGGCGACGCAGCUGAUUUCUCCCCCAAGUCUCCGCUGAGCUGCGCCGACAGUCUGUGCGGCCGCUCCCCGGACUACGAGGACUUCUGGAGGCCUCCGUCCCCCUCUGCGUCUCCAGUUGACUCUGAGAAGUCCCUCUCUCCUCUGGUGGACGAGACCCAGCCCUUCACCGUCCCCUUCCGGCCGUACGCAUGGAGCAGCUACUCGGGGCCUGGGCUGAGGCCCCUGGUGCAGCAGAGCCUCCACCAUGGAGGCAUGGAGGUGGACAGGGGCCCGGCGGCAGCCAUGGCCUUCUAUGGGGACAGGGGAGCCAACCCGGCCCUGUACGCAGACCGGACUCUGGGAGAGGAGGCUUACAGCGACUACAGGAGACACGCUGCUGCGGCUGCUGCUGCUGCUCUGCUGUUUCCUGAAGCAGGUCUGCACGGAAAAAACCACAACGUGAAGGCCCAGUCUGACCUGAUGUGCUCCAGUCUCGUCCUCAAUGGGGCGUACAAGUGUGUCAAGUGCAGCAAGGUGUUCUCCACCCCGCACGGUUUAGAAGUCCACGUCCGCAGAUCGCACAGCGGCACCAGGCCAUUUGCGUGUGAAAUCUGCGGCAAAACCUUCGGACACGCAGUGAGCUUGGAGCAACACAAAGCCGUGCAUUCUCAGGAAAGAAGCUUCGACUGCAAAAUAUGCGGUAAAAGUUUCAAGCGGUCAUCCACACUUUCCACUCAUCUGCUCAUUCAUUCCGACACGCGGCCCUACCCGUGCCAGUACUGCGGUAAAAGGUUUCACCAGAAGUCAGACAUGAAGAAGCACACCUUUAUUCACACAGGUGAAAAGCCACACAAAUGCCAGGUGUGUGGAAAAGCGUUCAGCCAGAGCUCCAACCUCAUCACACACAGCAGGAAACACACCGGAUACAAACCGUUCGGCUGCGACCUCUGCGGCAAAGGUUUCCAACGAAAGGUGGAUCUGAGGAGACACAAGGAGACGCAGCACGGACUGAAAUGAAACAGAAUCGAGCGCAAAAAAAAAAAAAAACUGCACAAAAAAAAAUCUCCAGUGUCUGACUUUAAAGAAUAUUUUAUUGAAACGAGUGAGAAAAAUCUGACAAAAGACGUUUUUAAUGCCUUCUGCUCUCAAGCUCCGUCCAGCGUGAGGACAUUUCUUUGGAUCAAAUUCCACUUUUAGCUUUGUAAAAGCGCAUUGAAAAUAUAUUUAACAACGGCAGGUGUUUAUUAUUAUUAUUAUUAUUAUUAUUAUUAUUAUUAUU